AUGGAGACACCACAAGUCCCGCAGGAUGCCCUGCAGCUCAGCGCCAUGAUUGCGCAAAAUUCCACUGCCGCCCGACAACUCUACUCGCGCGCGAAAGCAGCUACGCAAGACCGCCCUGGCGCUGCUGGAAAGCGCCAGAAGGUCGCCGACGACUUCGACGACGCCGUGAUGAAGCGCCGCUUCCAGACCGAGUACGCCAGCUCCGAAACGCUGCCGCCUUCCCUUGCCGCCAAGCAGCCUGGCAAGCCGCAGAAGAAGGGCGCCGCCUCCAAGUCCAUGGUUGUCGCGCAGCGGCCCGGCCAGCCUCAGAAGCUCCUCGAAGGACCCGGAUCAGCGGCCGCUGGCGGAAAUACAUCACAGCAACAAAAUACGAGCUUGACGACCCGGACUGGCGCUCUUGGCGCCAACACAAUACAACAAGUGAAGCCUGAGUGGCAUCCGCCGUGGAAGCUGAUGCGCGUCAUCUCCGGCCAUCUGGGCUGGGUGCGCGCGCUGGCUGUCGAGCCUGGCAACAAGUGGUUCGCCAGUGGCGCUGGAGACCGCACCAUCAAGAUUUGGGACAUGGCGACGGGCGGUCUGAAGCUCACCCUCACUGGCCACAUCAGCACCGUGCGUGGCCUCGCCGUGUCGCCGCGGCACCCGUACCUCUUCUCCUGCGGCGAGGACAAGAUGGUCAAGUGCUGGGACCUCGAAACCAACAAAGUCAUCCGCCAUUACCACGGCCACCUGAGCGGCGUCUACACGCUCUCGCUGCACCCUACCCUCGAUGUACUGGUGACUGGUGGCCGUGACGGCGUGGCUCGUGUGUGGGACAUGCGCACCAGAAGCAAUAUCCACGUUCUGUCCGGCCACACGGGCACUGUGACGGAUGUCCAGUGCCAGGAGGCAGACCCUCAGGUCAUCAGCGCGUCUCUCGAUUCGACGGUUCGCCUCUGGGACCUUGCUGCCGGCAAGGCCAUGGGUGUCCUCACACACCACAAAAAGGGUGUCCGCGCUCUCGCCGUGCACCCCGAAGAGUUUACGUUCGCCAGCGGCAGCACGGGAAGCAUCAAGCAGUGGAAAUGCCCCGAGGGUGCCUUCAUGCAAAAUUUCGAAGGCCAAAAUGCCAUCAUCAAUACUAUGAGUGUCAACCAAAAUAAUGUGUUAUUUUCUGGAGGCGAUAAUGGCUCCAUGAGCUUCUGGGAUUGGAGAUCUGGGCACAGAUUCCAGGCUCUCGAUACCACAGCUCAGCCUGGCUCUCUUGAUGCAGAAGCUGGUCUCAUGAGCUCAACAUUUGAUCGCUCUGGCCUGCGUCUGAUCUGUGGUGAGGCUGACAAGACAAUCAAAAUAUGGAAACAAGACGAGAACGCCUCUGAGGAGACACAUCCCCUUCAGUGGACGCCAUCGCUCGGACGACGCAAAUUUUAG